AUGGCUUCAAGCACCGUGAUGUACCAGCAGACAUCCUCUACUACUACGGAUCUUCCCUACUCCAAUGGACACCUCUCCCCUCCUUCUACCAAGCCUGCAACCAAUCGGGCUUUGACCCCCGAGAGCGAGAGCGACCUCUCCGAGGCCCUUGAUAUUCCCAACGCCCCAACUACAUUCCUGAAUAGCGAGCAAAACGACAAUAGAGAGAAUGGCCAAAUGAGGGGCUCAGACGAUGGAUCCUCACAAGACGAGGACGCUGUCGGCUCUGACGAUCCUGACUACGAUAUGGCAACACCGCCUACCGGCAAUGCCGGAUCUUAUGGUGGUGAUCGUUCAUCAUCACAAGAUUCGCCUCGACAACGGAAACGCAAAGCUGGUCCGGAGCAUGAGGACUAUAUGUUGAACGAUCCCGAGCUUUACGGCCUGCGACGAAGCGGCCGGCCUCGUCCAUCACGGCAGAUCGUCGAUGACGACUCUGAGGACGAUGACUCUGAGUCAGACAUCAGAAGUGGCCCGCCACGGAAACGACGAAAACAACUCUCCUCCGCUCGAGCAUCCAAGCAGAACACUCCUUCCGCACAAUCACCAUCUGAUAGUGAGUCUGACAUUGAUGCUUAUGGUGGAUCUCGUCGAGCUGCAGCCAAGAAGAACCAUCGUCGAUCAGUCCAACCCACUCGUGACAUAACCCCUGCUCACGGAGAAGUACGCUUCUCGACACGAAAAGCUGCCAAAGUAUCCAAUUACAACGAAGAUGACGACGACAUGUUUGAUGAUGAAGCGGACAUGGUCCCUCAGGAAUACUGGACGGCUGGGCCGGAGGAGGACGUUCCUGCAAUCGAUGCGGUGCUCAACCAUCGCCUACGUGAGGAUACUAGUAAAGAAGUCACCGACCCUGGAAGAGAUGAUUUUGAGUACUAUAUCAAAUGGCAAGGCAAAGCUCACUACCAUUCCACCUGGGAGACCAAUGCUGCUUUGGCCUCUUGUCGCGGUAUACGACGACUUGAGAAUUACUUCCGCAAAGUGGUCCAGGAGGAUAUCCACAUGGAGCAUGAAAAGGACAUCCCACUCGAAGAGCGAGAGAAGUGGAAUCUCGAUCGUGAACGUGAUGCCGAUGCCCUCAAGGAUUACACGAAAGUUGAGCGUGUUAUUGGCAAGAACGACAACGGGGAUUUACAGUAUCUUGUGAAGUGGAAGGGACUCUACUACGAUUCUUGCACCUGGGAGAACGGUAGCUUGGUGAGCAAUAUCGCGCAGAACGAGAUCGACCGUUAUCUCGAUCGAACCUCUUCAUUACCGCAAUCAAAUAAGUCAGAGUCGAAUCCAACUACGAGGCGGACGUUUCAACGCAUAUUGGAGCAACCAGCCUACAUAAAGAACGGCUCACUCCGGGAGUUCCAGAUGCAUGGCCUCAAUUUCUUGGCUUUCAAUUGGUGCAGAGGAAACAAUGUGAUCCUCGCAGACGAAAUGGGCCUAGGAAAAACCGUGCAAACGGUGGCGUUCAUGAAUUGGCUGCGGCAUGACAGACAGCAGCAAGGGCCUUUCAUAGUGGUUGUACCACUUUCAACAAUGCCCUCAUGGGCCGAAACGUUUGACAAUUGGACCCCCGACGUCAACUAUGUGGUCUAUAACGGCAACGAAGCUGCCCGUAAAACCAUUCGGGAGCACGAGCUUCUAGUCAGUGAGAACCCUCGGAAGGCGAAAUUCCACGUUCUCCUCACCACCUAUGAAUACAUCCUCGCGGAUGCAGCGUUUUUGUCCCAAAUCAAGUGGCAAUUUAUGGCUGUUGAUGAAGCACAUCGACUUAAGAAUCGCGAGUCUCAGCUGUACGCCAGACUGCUCGAUUUUAAGGCACCCAGUCGUCUUCUGAUUACUGGUACGCCCAUGCAGAACACCCUCGGAGAACUUUCUGCUCUUAUGGAUUUCCUCAUGCCUGGAGUCAUCCGCAUCGACGAGAACAUGGACCUCUCAUCGAAGGAGGCCAGCGAGAAGAUCAGUCAGAUGACUGCUGCGAUCCAACCCUACAUGCUGCGCCGUACCAAGAACAAAGUGGAGAAUGAUAUCCCGCAAAAGACCGAGAAGAUCAUCCGAGUCGAGCUGUCAGAUGUUCAAUUGGACUAUUACAAAAACAUUCUCACUCGAAAUUACACUGCACUCAAUGAGGGUGCGAAGGGUCAGAAGCAGUCUUUACUCAACAUCAUGAUGGAGUUGAAGAAAGCCAGCAACCAUCCAUUCAUGUUUCCCAGUGCCGAAGAACGAAUCUUAGGCGGAAGCCCACGACGCGAAGAUAUACUAAAGGGUAUAAUCACCAGUAGCGGCAAGAUGAUGCUACUCGAUCAGCUGCUUGCCAAAUUGAGGAAGGACAAUCACCGUGUCCUCAUAUUCAGUCAGAUGGUCAAAAUGCUUGAUAUCUUAGGAGACUAUUUACAUCUCCGGAAUUACCAAUUUCAGCGUCUUGACGGUACGAUAGCUGCCGGACCUCGUCGAAUGGCCAUCGACCAUUUCAAUGCUCCAGACAGCAACGAUUUCUGCUUUUUGCUUUCAACGAGAGCAGGAGGUCUAGGGAUCAAUUUGAUGACUGCUGACACAGUGAUCUUGUUCGACUCCGAUUGGAAUCCUCAAGCCGAUCUUCAAGCGAUGGCUCGUGCUCACCGUAUCGGGCAGACAAAGCCGGUCAGCAUAUAUAGGCUCGUCUCAAAGGAGACGGUCGAAGAAGAAGUCCUCGAGCGAGCACGCAACAAGCUCAUGCUCGAGUUUAUUACGAUACAACGUGGCGUUACGGACAAGGACGCAAAAGAGCUGACUGACAGGAUGGCACGUGUAGGCAAAGCUAUAGCAGAGCCCAAUUCUUCCGAAGACAUUUCCCGCAUACUUAAGCGCCGUGGAGAGAAGAUGUUUCAACAGUCUGGCAACCAGAAAAAACUCGAAGAGCUCGACAUUGAAUCCGUGUUAGAGAACGCCGAAGAACAUCAGACCGAACAGCCUGAGGGUAUUGCGGCAGACGGCGGCGAAGAGUUUCUCAAGAGCUUCGAGUAUCUGGAUGUCAAGAUUGACCUUGAGUGGGAUCAGAUCAUACCCAAAGACCAGCUUGAUGAGAUCAAGGCAGAAGAGAAGAAGGCAGCAGAUGAUCGCUAUCUUGCCGAUGUUAUUGAGCAAAACGCGCCACGAAAGAGAAAGCAAGCUGAUGAGGAGCGAGAAGAGCGUGCUGCGAAGAAGCGUGCCAGAGAUCUUGCGGCAAUAGAGGCAGGUGCUGAUGAUUCCGAUCAACGACCUGGUCAAGACCCGAAGCGACCACUAAGCGAGAAAGAAGUACGCAACUUGAUCCGUGGCUAUUUACGAUUCGGCUCUAUCGAUGACCGAGGAGACGAGCUAGUCCAAGAGGCUCGACUGACCUCCAGAGACCGCGGUCUUUUGAAGGCGUCUCUGCAGGAGAUUAUUGAUGUGGCGUCCAAGCUUAUGAAAGAAGAGCAGGACCGCAUCGACGCUUUAGAACGUCAGCAUGGCAAGACCUUAACCAAGAAGGACAAAAAAGCCGUGCUGUUCGAUUUCAAAGGUGUGAAGCGUAUCAAUGCGGAGACGAUCGUGGAACGUCCUGGCGAGAUGCGCAUGCUGAAGGAGGUCACUGAGAAAGCCCAGGAUCCCAAGAACUUUCGAAUUCCAGAGGCAUCUAAGGGAGCAACCUACACCUGCGACUGGGGCUCUAAAGAAGACGGAAUGCUUUGUGUUGGGAUUGUUCGCCAUGGCUAUGGUGCAUGGGUUCAGAUCCGUGACGACGCUGACUUGGCUCUGGGAGAUAAAUUCUUUCUGGAGGAGCAUCGUGUCGAGAAGAAAGAGGAACGUAGCAAGGGCGAAGAGAAGAGUGUCAAGUCGCCUGGCGCAGUGCAUCUUGUACGCCGUGCCGACUACCUGCUUUCGGUGCUCAAAGAGAAGACGAGCGGUGGUACCAAUCUCGCUGCAAAACGCGCGGUCGAAAAUCAUCACCGAAACAACAAGAAAAACGGCAUGUACGCUAGAAUCGCAGACAAUCGGACAAGUGUAUCAGCUUCACCUGCUCCAUCGUCUGUUCGAAGAGGCCACCGCGAGUCAGAGAAGCAUCGCAACCGCAACAGCACCGAGCGGCGCAUUUCUAACGGAGAGCAGAACGGUCAUACCCCCAGAAGCGACAUUCGACCUAGGCCAAGCGGUGACCGGAAACAUGAAGAGCGUCGCCACCACUCACCGCAUAACCACCGUCAAAGCAAUGAGAAUGCCAUUGCACCGAAAGUCAAUAGGCUUUUGUGGAAACUCUUCGGUCCCGUUAAGCCAAGCUUAUUAGCGGUGCAAGGUGCUACAAAGGAAGGUGUGCGAGACAAGCACGCCCGGGCGAGAAUUUUGAGGGAGGAGUUGGUCAAGAUUGGGAACCACGUGGCCGAUCUGGUCUCGGAUCCAGAAACGAAUGAGGACGACGAAGCUUCGUUCUGGGACUUUGUGGCGGACUACUGGCCCAAUGCGGGAACUCCAGGAAGCAACAUUAGAAACAUGUACGAUCGCAUCGCAAAUUCGGCGUCUGCAGUCGCAGCACCGGCUCAGCAAGAGCCUACCAUAAAGGUAGAGCCACCGCAUAUGAACGGGCAAAUUAAUGGCGUUGCUGUGAAGCAAGAACAGAAAGGAUAG